CGUCUUCCCAACGUGAAAGGAAGGUGUAGAGGCAGAAAAGCGAGCCAUUGGCCUCAUGUCUAAGUUACGAAAUGAACUACAGACUGACAAGGCAGUAAUCCCUCUUACCGAUGAAUUUCCCGAUGCUGCCCAAUGGAAUACAUACAUAGAGCGUCAGCAGGCAGCGUUGGGUCCCGAAGAAUUUCCAAGUUGGUUUAAGUCGUCCUGGCUUUUCAUGGAAUGUUACAUGUAUCGUAGGAUUCAUGAAUCAAUACUGCUCAAUCCUCCCAUCUGUGACUUUGAUGUAUUUAGUGAAGCAAAAAUCCAGAGUUUCUUCUCGUCCCAAGAUGCCAUUCUCAUUGUUUGUACUUACCUCCAAGAAUUGCAGAGGAAAAUUGAAAAUUUCGAAGAAUCUCAAUUGAAAGAUGAGUUUAUGCUGCUGAUGCAGGUUGCACUGUGGGGAAAUCGAUGUGAUCUCUCCAUCUCUGGUGGUCAGGACAACUCCCAGAAGAACAAUCCUUUAGCUUCUCUGGAAUCACUUAAGUCGUUCAUCUUAGUAGAUGAUUCUGAACGUGUUUGGAAUCUACUUGUGAAUAACUGGAAAAACAAAACCUCACAAACUACACCAAUCAGAGUAGAUAUUGUCCUUGACAACUCUGGAUUUGAGCUGGUUACUGACUUGGUCCUAGCUUAUUUUCUACUGAGCACUCAGUUAGCUGAUGAGAUUCAUUUUCAUGGUAAGAGCAUGCCGUGGUUUGUUUCUGAUACAACCCGGAGAGAUUUGGAUUGGACACUGAAGAAUCUACAGGCAAGCAAUCAUGCGUCACUGUCCAUGUGUGGCAAUAUGUGGGAGCAAAAUCUGCAUAAAGGGGUUUGGGUUUAUCAUGAUCAUCUGUUCUGGACCCUCCCUCACGAGUUUUCUGACAUGUCUCAGGAUGCACCUGAUCUAUAUUCAGAACUGCACAAGUCCAACUUAAUCUUUUUUAAGGGAGAUUUGAACUACAGGAAACUAACCGGAGACAGGAAAUGGAGCCAUACCAUAUCAUUUGACACUGCUCUACAAGGGUUCCAUCCUGCUCCACUUUGUAGCUUGCGAACAUUAAAAGCUGAUAUUCAAGUUGGUUUAAAGCCUGAACAAGCUGAGCAGCUGACUCUGUCUGAUCCUCAGUGGCUGGUCAGUGGGAAUUAUGCCAUUAUUCAGUUCAGUGACCCCAAUCCAAAAUAAUGUUGUUAAAAAUUUUCUUCCAUGGUAUCAUCCCUCAGAAUAAUGAAGGCAACGUGAUGACAUUCUGGAUUUCUGCUCUGUUCUGCUAGCAUGUUUUUGCAAUGUUUACAUAAUGCAUUAUUGACUUUAAGCAUGUUUAGUAGAAAAUUCUAAACUUUCUGCAAUGUAAUUUUUUUCAGGACAGUUGCAAGGCUGCUUGUAAAAGAGAAUGUACUGUAAAAAAAAUAAAGUCUUACUGAAAUGCUUA